CGGAGAUCUUUGGAUUCUUUAAAAGAGAGAAGCAAGCAUUUCGCCAGAGGCAAAGAUGAAAAUGUUACCUGCUGGCAAGUGCUGGUUGCUCUUUGGAGUGUUGCUGUGUGCUAAGUCAAGUGCUGGAUCGACAACAGAGACCAAAGGUGAAAGAAAUGACCACCCGGAAGUGAUUACUGCACAAGGGCGCGUUCGGGGCAAGGUAGUCAGUGUGAAUGGUAUUGACCAGCCUGUAAAUGUCUUUCUGGGAAUCCCUUUUGCAAAGCCACCCAUUGGAUCCCUUAGAUUUGCUCCUCCACAAGCACCCGAGCGCUGGAGUCACAUCAGAAACGCGACAUCUUUCUCUCCAAUAUGUCUGCAAGAUUUGGGAUGGAUUGAUGUGUUUCAGAAAUUGUUGAAUGCCACAUUACCUCAGUCGACCGCAUCCGAAGAUUGUCUCUACCUGAAUAUUUACACCCCAAACACGAAAGCCCAGUUGCCUGUAAUGGUCUGGAUCCACGGAGGAGGGCUGACAUUUGGAGGAACUUUCAUGUAUGAUGGAUCCGCACUGUCUGCUUAUGAAGAUGUGGUAGUUGUAAUGAUUCAGUACAGACUGGGCCUCCUUGGAUUCUUUAGUACUGGAUCUGUAGAAGCUCGUGGAAACUGGGGCUUACUGGAUCAAAUCGCAGCUCUCCAGUGGGUUCAGAAAAACAUCAAGCAAUUUGGAGGAGAUCCCCAGUCUGUGACCAUAUUCGGCGAGUCUGCAGGAGCAUUUAGCGUUGAUGCUCAGGUAUUAUCUCCGUUAUCCAAGGGUUUGUUUCAGAAAGCCAUAGCAGAAAGUGGAGUUGUUAUAAUGCCAGGUUUGUUGACUUCCCACCCAGAAGUCCUUGCAAAAGAAAUAGCAAAAGUCUCCGGCUGUGGGACAAGCAGUGCGGAAAUGGUGCGUUGCUUGAGGAGCAAAACAGAGCAAGAACUAAAAUCCUUAUUGAAGGAAAUUAAAAGCAUGAAUGCAGUUGUGGACGGCAAGUUCUUUCCAAAGGCACCCAAAGAGCUUCUGGCUGCAAAGGAGUUCAAGGCUGUCCCAUAUCUACUCGGCGUGAAUAACGAUGAAUUCGGUUGGACCAUGCCUCUUGCAGUGUUUUCCUUAAAUAUAACAGAUGGUGUAAAUCGGGAGAACAUCACGGCAGCAUUCCAAGUUGUAGCCACCGAGUGGGGGCUCUCAGCUGAAUCUGUGCAGAAGGUAUUGGAUGAGUAUCUGGGAGACACGGAAGACCGUAUCCAAUUACGAGACCGCUUCCGAGAUCUGAUGGCAGACGUCCUCUUUGUUAUUCCUGCUAUUCAAACAGCCAGAAUCUAUAGAGAUUCUGGUGCUCCAGUCUACUUUUAUGAAUUCCAGCACCGGCCCAAUAUGUACAAAGAAUCAAGGCCAGCUUUUGUGAAGGCAGACCACGGCGAUGAACUUUACUUUGUCUUCGGAUGGCCAUUAAUAAAAGGUGACGAUUCAGAGGAUGAGAAAAAGCUCAGCAGGACUAUCAUGAAAUACUGGGCCAACUUUGCUCGCACAGGAAAUCCAAAUGGCAAAGGUUUGGUGGGGUGGCCACGCUAUGACCAGAAUGAAGGAUAUCUGGAGCUGAACCUGCAGCAACGGAAAGCAGAGAAACUGAGAAAGAACCAGGUUGAUUUCUGGGUGGAGAUUUUGCAGGACAAAACAAAGAAAACCACAAAAGAACAGGAAACACGUCUGGAUCUCUAGCUGGCAAUGUGAUUUCCUGGUCUGCUGUUGUCUUGAGACAUCAAAUACUUAAAUGAUAACUGAAAACUGUAUUUGUCAAAGUGUGUCUUAGCCCUGAAGGGAGGGAAAAAUCAGAGGCUUUGACUGCUAUCAAGUAGUCUUUAUCAACCAGAAAUUUUGUGUGAUUCUUCAGGGUUCUUUUCCAGCCAGAACGCAGUAGAAAUGAGUCCCGGCACCUCUUUAAAAUACUCACAUGAUUGGUGGGUAUUUGGCCCUAUCGGCCAUUUUGGGACCAUUUUGGCCCAAAAUGGCUGAAAUGGGCCCGAAACAGCCAGGAUUGGGCCGCUGUUGGGCAGAGGAGCGCUCUCCCAUGUAGCAGCGGUGCGUUCCAGACUGUUUUGGACCUGAAUUGGGCCUCCUGUGGAGUGCAGGGGCACUCCUGGGGUGAUCACAGCCUGUGUGAUGACUUCACUUCCUGCAAGUGACAUCAUCACAUGGUCCCAGGAGCACAAACGUGCUUUGCGUGCAUGUGUAUGGUACCCAGUGAGUUCCACCACUCUCUUUCCCCAGAAAUAAAGCCCUGAUUCUGAUUCAGCAUUUAGGAAGUGCUGUCAAAGAUUUCUGUUACAAGAUGGAGGUUAUUAGUGAAAGCUAUUGGUGAAUCUUAAGAACUGAAAUCAGGGCUACAAUAUUUUACUCUUUUUAGGAUUGCACUGUUAGUCAAUUGAUGGGAUUGGUUUUGCAGGGUGGCUUGGAUUAAACAAGCAGCAUAGAGGUUUUAAAGUUGUUUUAAACAGGAAUGGUAGCAGAUACCUUAAUACUCAAACAGAAAAGACGGAUUUUAGGAGUUCCAGCUGACAACUUCUUUCCUCCUCUAAAAAUUAGGCACCCAGUUCAGAGGGGAAAGAGUUUAAAUGUUCCCCUUCAUACUGUUUCUCCAAUCUGAAGCAGCCCUGGGGAGCUGUUAUUUGCCUUUUUAGGUAAACAUACAAUCUUAUAUGUGCAGAUCGUCUAAAACUGCAGUUUUUCUCCUGCAGAACUUUUUUUUCGUCUUCAUUUGUAAGUGCCUGCAGAUUAACCCAUUAAAAUCCAUAUUGAAGAUUU